GAAGCUCGCGGCUUUGACCGGUGUUGGCGAGGACGACGAUCAGUUCCUCGAUGCGGAGCGACGACAGGACGCGAAGGGCUCGGUCGUAGGCCUCUUGUGUGACGCCGUAGCUUCCCUUAAAGAAGUGGUAGCCCCAGCGGGCGAACCAGGACGCGCCAUGGGCCACGCCGAGGAGGAGACGGAGGUCCAUGAAUGCCUUGCCCGACACGUCCUCCACCGACACUGCCCUGGCACGCAGCAGAGUCCACGCAAGGUAAAUUGAGCAAAGUAGCAAACGGCAGGGCCAAUACAACAGAUGAACGUGCUCAUUAAGUUACCGGACGCGGAGGGCGGUGCAGAGACGGUCGAAGAGGUCCAUGAAGUCGCGACCGGAUAUGAAGUUGGAGCCGCCGUCGCGGCCGUUGACGACGAUGAGGUGGCCGAAGCCGUUGCAGUGGAGGAGGCCGUGGAGAAGGUGGCUGCGGACGAAGAAGGCGUCGGGGCGGAGGGGCUUGUCCCAGUCGCCGUCGGCCGGGAUGAUCAAGUGGUAACGCCGCUUCGACACCAAGUGGUGGCUCCAUCCUGCUAUGCCAACCAAACACGCUUGAGAAGCAGCAACAACAACAACAACAACACCAGAAGCAAUCUCUGCCUUAAUUUCCCAAUUCCUAACACCAAAGAAGGCAAAGAAAGGUUUGGGGGUUUGGAGGUGGUUAUCAUCUACAACGAGGCAAGAGAACGCUGAUGAAGACGCUUGGAACAAUUUGGCAAGAAAACCCUUAUUGAUGCAAUAUUGGGAAUAGACAGAGCAGAGAUUUGGUAUUUCCUCUACAGAGGAAGCAGAUGAUGAUGUUAACACGUAGGGAAUCAAGAUGGACUGGCUAAAAUUCUCGGUUUGGAACUUUGGAGAAGACGAAAUCCCCGAUUCGCAAAAUUGCCAAGACCGAUCAAAAUGGGUUUAGCAAGAAGAAACGAGAGGGAAAACCCCUACAGAACAGAAUCGUGAUCACCCCAUGGGAAACCCAAUU